AUGACCACCAUAUUAGACAUUGGCAGUGUGAUAUACACCGCAGUGAAACCUAUUUUCAAGAUCUAUUUGAUCAUUGGCUCGGGGUUCCUUCUUGCAAGGAUGAACAUCUUGACAGUCGAGGUCACCAGAAACUUAUCAGAUAUGAUUGUCACCUUCAUUUUGCCCUGCUUGACCUUCAAUAAAAUCGUUGGCAGCAUAUCUAUUAGCGAUUUGAAAUCAAUUGGUGUCAUAUGUCUCAGUGCUGCCAUAUUGUAUUCGCUAGGGGCUUUUUGUUCGUUGCUAACAAUACUAGCCACCCCAGUGCCAAAGAAAUGGCGAGGAGGAUGUUUUGCAGGGGGGAUUUUCCCAAACAUUUCAGAUCUACCCAUCGCAUAUAUCCAAACUUUGGACACUGGGCUUAUAUUUACUAGUGCUCAAGGCAAUAAAGGGGUGGCUUACGUUUGUAUUUUCCUUGCCACAUUUUUAUUUUGCCAAUUCAACAUUGGUGGGUUUAGGUUGAUCGAAUAUGAUUUUAUACAUGGUGAUGGCGAUGCCGAAAAAAAUAAUCACGCGAAUGAUGAUUCAGAAACAAGCAGAACCCCUUCAAUGGCCGCUAGGCUGACCCAGAAUUUGAAUUAUCGUGAAAAGGAAGAUGCUGAUAAUGAAAUUGGUCUUACAAAUAAUGAUGACAUAUCUGUGGUAACCAGUCUUUCAUCUUCGGCGGCAGAUAAUUCAGACGUUGAAGAAGCCGUCAAUGAGCAAUACGUUCCAACGGUCAAUGUCACCGAUGUGAACCAACAAGAGAGGGUUGCUUCUUUAAAUGAUGAUAAGUCUUUGGGACGAGCAUCAACUCACAAUCAUGGAUUAAUACGGAUGGCCAGCGCGUUGACAAAGCUCACCACCAAUAGCUCAGGAUUUACAAGAGAUUACAAUCAAUCAUUAAGUCACGUCCAAUCAAGGGCGUUGGAGUUAAGAACAUUACCAUCACAGAAUGUUAGGCACGUUAUAGAUGAAUAUAGUCGUGCCAAUAAUCAACCGGUCAUCAAUCGGAUGAGUACAUUGACAAGAAUUGCCACCACCCAAUUGGGGGCAUCGUCACGUCAGGAUAUCAAAACUGCUGGCUCUCUGCUGCCAUUUGUGGAGAAAUAUAACCUUCAUUUUUUGGUGUUUAUCCUACAAAAUUUCCUAAGACCAUGCUCGGUGGUUCUCAUGAUUUCUCUUGCUGUUGCAUUGAUCCCAUGGCUAAAGGCAUUGUUCACUGUUACUCCAAGAGUGCCAAAUAUGCCUAAUGCUCCUGAUGAGUUGCCGCCAUUGAGUUUCAUUAUGGAUUAUACUGCGUACGUUGGUCAAGCAUCGGUGCCAUUAGGGUUGUUAAUGUUGGGUACUACGUUAUUCAGGUUAGAUCUCUCUGGUUUGAAUCCCAAAUUCCUAAUCAGUGCCGCUUGUUUAGUGGUAUUGAAACUUUGUGUGGUGCCGAUUGUUGGUGUGUCGUGGGCUUCUAAGUUACGGGAAUUGGGAUGGCUCAAUGAUUCAAUGAUUUUCUUUGUCAUUUGCAUCACGUUUUCCUUGCCGUCGGCCACCACCCAAUUUUACUUUACUGCAAGUUACACCGACCCCGAUGCUGAAGAUACCACCCAGAUGGACUGUUUAUCGGUCUAUUUAUUAAUGGAGUAUUGUUUGUUGGCGGUGAGUUUGCCGUUUGUCGUAACUUAUGUGAUUAUGAAGCAACUUUGA